GACUACGAGGCCCACAAUGCCGCGCGCCGGCGGCCGGAAGGGCGGGCGGGAGCGCCUGAGUGGCAGCGGGAGGAGGAUGGAGGAGGCAGCGGCGGCGGCGGCUGGCGGGGUCGCGGGCGUGUGAGGUGUGCCUCCCCCCGUCGCCAUCGGCCAUGGCUCUGAUCGAGGGCGUGGGGGACGAAGUGACGGUCCUCUUUGGGGUGCUGUUGGUGCUGCUGGUGCUGGCCCUCGCCUGGUUCUCCACGCGCACGGUGGAGCGAGGGGACCCCCUCUUUGCUGCCUCCCCCCCUCUGGCCGCAGGGGGGCAGCCGCGGGAAGGAGGUCUCCUGGUGGAAGACAGGUCUGGGGCGCAGGUCUCGGGGGUCCGGCAGGUCAAGGAUGAAGGGGCGUCAUCUUCAGCUGCUGACUCGGACGCCGGGGGGCUCAGGCAUCGGACGGCCCCCAGCCCUGCCCAGGGACCCCGGCUGGCCCCUGGCGCAGAAGCCCCCCCAGCAGACAACACCAUCGUCCUGCGGCUGAAAUUCCUGAAUGACACAGAGCGCCUGGCUCGGGUCCACCCUGACGACACUGUCGGCACCUUGAAGAGGACCCACUUCCCGGGCCAGGAGCAGCUGGUGCGCCUCAUCUACCAGGGCCAGCUCCUCCGGGACGACUCUCAGACGCUCUCCGCCCUGCACCUCGCCCACAACAGCGUGGUGCACUGCCACAUCUCGCAGAACCGGCCACCGCCUGCGCCCGCCCACGGCAACGGCACCCAGGCGGACGCCGCCCAGGCGGCCCUCAACGUGGGCAGCCUGAUGGUGCCUCUCUUUGUGCUGAUGCUGGGCGCCCUCUGGUACUUCCAGCUCCAGUACCGCCACGUCUUCACGGCCACGGCCACCACCUGCCUGGCGGGCCUCACCCUCGUCUUCAGCUUCGUGGCCUUCGCCGUCUACCGCAGAUAGCGCCUGGAUGAGGCCCGGACUCUGUGCGCCAGCCUGCCAGGGGAGGGCAGGGCCCCCGGGCGGACAGAGACCUCGCAGGCUCCCCGACUGCUGCCUCGGAGCUGCCUGGAUGUGUCUUCCCUGCCUUUCGUCUUUGCGC